GUUAUUUACGCUCCGGCAGUCGACGAUAUCACACACAUUUUUAAUAUUUUUCCUGUUUUUAUAUAUUAAAAUUUUAAUUUUUUGUCAUUUUUCGCUAAAUUCAAUACAAAAUGUCGGCAAUUACUAAAGGUAUUUUCAUCGUUGGUGCAAAACGAACAGCUUUCGGCACAUUCGGCGGCUCUUUCAAAAAUGUUUCCGCCACAAAAUUGCAAACUGUUGCCGCCAAAGCUGCCAUGGAGUCUUCCGGUUUGCGUCCCGAGCAAAUUGACUCUGUGAAUAUCGGAAAUGUCAUCGCUUCGUCGCAAACUGAUGGCAUCUAUAUCCCACGUCAUGUUCAAUUGCACUGCGGAAUCCCGAAGGAAAGACCUGCUCUUGGCUUGAAUCGUCUCUGCGGAUCAGGAUUUCAGUCUGUUGUGAGCGGAGCGCAAGAUAUUUUGUUGGGCGCUGCAAAAGUUUCGCUCACAGGCGGUGUUGAUAACAUGAGUCAAGCUCCGUACAUCACACGAGGCAUCCGUUUUGGCACAACUUUGGGCACAAAUCCUCAGUUGGAAGACAGUUUGUGGUCCAGCUUGACUGAUAGUUACUGCAAAUUGCCCAUGGCACUCACGGCGGAGAAUUUAGGGGAGCAAUACAAGAUUUCGCGUGAUGAGGUCGACAAUUUCGCCCUCCGUUCGCAACAAAAUUGGAAAAAGGGACUUGAUGAAGGAGCAUUUACUGCUGAAAUUGCCCCCAUUAAGAUCAAAGUGAAGGGAAAGGAAGUCGAUUUCGUCGUCGAUGAACACGCCAGACCCCAAACAACGAUCGAAGGCUUGAAAAAACUCCCGUCUUUGUUCAAAAAAGACGGAACAGUGACAGCGGGAACUGCUUCUGGGAUUUGUGAUGGCGCUGCUGCGGUAAUUGUCGCUUCCGAAGAUGCCGUUAAGGAAUAUAACUUGAAGCCUCUUGCUCGAUUGGUUGCUUAUUCGACAGUUGGAGUCCCGCCAGAAAUUAUGGGAAUUGGUCCGGUGCCAGCGAUUCAAAAUGUGCUCAAAGUUGCUGGUUUGAAUUUGAGUGACAUCGAUUUGGUUGAGAUUAAUGAGGCUUUUGGCGUUCAAACUCUUGCUUGUGCGAAGGCUUUGGAAUUGGACAUGAAUAAACUCAACUUGAAUGGAGGUGCAAUUGCUUUGGGACAUCCGUUGGCGGCAAGCGGAAGUCGAAUUACGGCACAUUUGGUGCACGAGCUUCGAAGAAAGGGAUUGAAGAGAGCCAUUGGAUCUGCUUGUAUCGGAGGCGGGCAAGGAAUUGCCUUGUUGUUGGAAGCUGUUUAAGCUCGAAAUCUACUUUUUUGCAUUUUUGUACGAGUCCUUAUUAAUUUUUUCAAUUUUUUAUCGAAUUUUGUUUUUAAAAUAAAAAUAAUUUUUACUUAAAA